AUGUCAGGCAGUAAGUCCCUCGAAGAACUUUCCUAUCCUUCAUACUGGGACAAUAGGUAUGCAGGAAAAUUUGAUCCGGAAACAGAGGUAGUUAUACGUGACGAGAAUGAAGGUGAAGGAGAUGUGGCAGCCAAGAAAGAAAUCGAGAGCUUUGAAUGGUUCAAGGAUUUCCAGUCGUUGAAACCAUUCUUUGAAAAACAUCUACCGAGUCCAGGGGAGAAUGGGGAAGAAGGAAAAGGGCCCAGGGUGUUGCAUCUGGGGUGUGGAAAUAGUAGAAUGAGUAAGAAGUACUCGAACUUGAAUACCACGUGGACUGUGAUGGAUGUGAGGAAUAUGAAGCUGGAAGAUGGAGAAAUCGAUGUUGCCAUCGAUAAGGGAACUCUUGAUGCAAUGAUUCAUGGAUCGAUGUGGGAUCCUCCUCAAGAGGUUCGAGAAAAUGUUGGUCGCUAUGUCGAUGAAGUUGCUAGGGUGCUCAAGCCAGGAGGUCAAUGGCUGUACAUUACAUACCGACAACCACAUUUCAUGAAGCCAUUCCUCUUGAGAGAAGGUAUUUGGGAGACGGAAAUGGAGAUACUUGGUGGAGAGAGUGGUGCUUUUGAGUAUUUUGGGUGGAGGAUGAAGAAGCUCUAA